UCACUGCACUCAAAAUGGCCAUUAGCAAACCUGUAGCUCUUGGGCUUCUUGCCCUCUUAAGCAUUGGACUAUCCAGUGCUGCAAGUGCAAGGGUAGCAAGAUACUCCACUGCUGAAGGGAAAGGGGAGGGACAGGGAGAGGGUGUGGCAUAUGGGAGUGGUUCUGGCUCAGGAUCUGGGGAUGGCUUUGGGUCCAGUGAUACUAGUAACACCGGGGGCAGGGAUGGGAUAAGUAAGGCCCAUGCUAGAGCUGGAGGUGGGGGCAGUGGUGAUGGAGGUAGUAACCUCGGCGGAGCUGCACAUGGUUCUGGAUCAGGCUCCGGCACUAGCUCUAGUUCUAGUAGGGGUUCCGGAAGAGAGUGGCUUGCUGGUGGAUAUGCCAAUGCUGGUGGUGCGGGGGGUGGGGGUGGUGCUGCACAAGCUGAUGGAAGUUCCGAUUCCAUGGGUCAUGGGUAUGGAUCUGGAUCAGGUGCUGGCUCUGGCACCCGAUAUGAUGAUCGUGGUUAUUAUGGGGGGCACUCGGAUGCGGUUGGUGGUGGUGAUGGCAAUGGCGGAGGCAAUGGGCUACUUGGUGGACAUGGCAAUGGUGAAGGUAACGGACAAGGGUAUGGGAAUAGUGGCUAUGGAUCAUCAUCCCCCUAAAAUAAAACCCCAUGGUGUUGGAUUGGAUCAACCUAAUCUCACCGCCCAUCACACUACUCAUUCCUUUUCUUUUUGCGAGGAAUCACACUAGUCGUUCAACUUAUUGUCCCUCGAUGUAUUUUCUAGUUUUCCUAAAUUAUAAGGCAACAAGAAAUAAAUGGCAUCAGUAUGUGUAAUGUGCAUGAUAUGUGUCGACAAGAAUGACUGCACACGUGCAGUAGUCACAUCUCUACUAUAAUA